AGAAAUUGACAGUGGGCCGGGCUUGUCCAGGCCAGGAUUUGCACUUUUCUCCUCCGCAGCAGUCUCUCUCCACUGCAGUGAGAGGAAGGAGCAUCGGCGCCGCCGCCGACCUCAAUCGGCUCCGUCGGCGGCAGCCACCCUCGAAUCGAGCUUGUUGGCGGCGGUGUCUGAUCGGAAGGAGAGGGGAACAACCUGUCAUCCCCCUCUGCACCGUGUCACCGGCCAGGUAAUGGUCUCCCUCCUCCCUCCCUCCCGCGCCCGCCCAUCCCCGCCUCCCUCAGCUGCCCCUCCGGAUCCCUCCCUCCCUCCGGCCCCUCUCCACGACGCCGCCGCGCCUGUCUGCCGCUUCUCCUUCGGAUCCCGCGCCUCCGUCGUCCUGAUCCGCGCGCCUCCGCCUCCUUCACCCACCCACCGCCGACGGCGACGCCCUCCGCUGCUCCACUCAGGGCUCCCGCGCCCUUCAUCCGCGCGAGGGCGGGUCCGCUCUUCCCCGGCAUCAGCAGAUCUUCACCAGCGACAGCGAGUUGCUGAAGUUCAAAUUGGGCAAUGGAUCUGGACACAGAGAAUCGUCUAGCUUCAUUACUCCUUGAAGAAGCACGGAGAUUACAGUUAGAGGCUGACAGGGAAGGUGUUCAUGCAUAUCUGCGAAAGCCCAAUGUUAGGCAUCGUCCAAACUCCCGUUUCCUCACAGCCACAGUUCGUGGAGUUCAACAAGCAAACCGUGUUGUGGAGGUUGAUGAAAUGUGGCGUGCCAGGGAGAUGGAACUUGAACUUGAGUCUAAGCUGAAAAGAAGAAAUAAAGAGCGUGGUGACUCUAGAGGGGAGAAACGCAAAGGUGACUCGAGAAAUAUGAGUUCCAGCUCAAAGAUUGAAGAGGGAACUGCUUAUAAUAGUUCUUACUCAGACCAGGGGGGUGGUCUAGGGGACGAUGAAGUUGAAAAGUUUCUGCAUUCAAGGGUAAAGCGAGGAAGAGGUGCCGUUGGCUCUAGGAUGGAUGAACCUGGUCCAUACCUAAAGGCUUCAUCGCAUUGUCGAGACAAAGAACCUAGCCCGGAUAUACGUUUGGAAGAAAAAUGGGAACGCCGAGUGCAAGGUCCGGAGAGGCCACUGUUUUUGAGAUCCAUGUCUCCUGAUGAUUGUUGGCAUAAGGAAACAUUGGAUGAUAAGCCAUCCAGCUCUUCUGAACCACACAGGAAGAAGGAAAAUAAAAAGGAGAGGAAAUCGGAGAAAAAAGAGAGAAAGGAGAGAAAAGAUGAGAAGAAAUCCAAGCAUCGGCACCGCCACCACCAUCACAAAAGCGGAAGAAGGGAGUGAUGUGCCCUAUUACUGAACUACAAUAUGUACACAGGAAAGGGUUCUGUUACUGAAAGAUGCUGCUGCCUGCUGCUGUUACUUGUUCACUAGAUACCUGUGUUGUAACUCAAACUCCGCCAGUGCGCACAAGGGGAUACGGUUGGUACCGUGCCCUGUGUUAAACAUGAUCGUAUUAUGUGUUGCUCGAGUUGAACUUUCUUUGCUUAAUUAUAAUAUGAUUGACAUCCAAUGAA